UCUCCCUUCUUCGCAGAGGAUUGUGGGUGGAAACAGGAGAAUCAAGAUGGCAGCGCCCUGCUCGAGGAUGGCGAGUCGCCCUAUAUGUCAAUUUAUUACAAAUGUCAGACGGACAGGGCUAAAACAUACAGGAGUUCGUCAAAUUUCUCUCGGUUCUGCUUGUCGAGCUGCAACUCAGACCAGAAGUAAAACGGAAAGCGUCGCGUCGCCAUGGAAGCUGUACGGGGCGGUGUGUCUCCAGAGGCUGCCUGUCAUAUCACAGGAGCGGAACCCGAUCGAAGACCAAUUCGCUGAGCUCAUGCAUCAGAUGGAGCUGGAGAGAAGCUUGCUGUCGGAUCAUGAACAGAGGCUCCUUGAGGACUCCGAACGUAUGACUCGUAAACAGGCAGACAACUAUGAUUCAGAUGAGGAGGAGGCAGACUACGGUGGCCAGGAGACCAUCACCGCUCAGGACCAGGAGGACACCUGGGAACAGAAACUCAAACACUUCCAACCUGCUCUCAGAGACAGAGGUAGGAGUCAGAGAGGUUGUCCUUAAUGGCACCCUAUUCCCUAUGCACUGACUCGACAAAACAUUAGGAACAAAUCAAAUAAUAAAUCACAUGUUAUUGGUCACGUGCUUCAUGAACAACAGGUGGAGGAGACUAACAGUGAAAUGCUUCAUGAACAACAGGUGGAGACUAACAGUGAAAUGCUUCAUAAACAACAGGUGGAGACUAACAGUGAAAUGCUUCAUAAACAACAGGUGAGACUAACAGUGAAAUGCUUCACGACCAAUAGGUGGAGACUAACAGUGAAAUGCUUCACGACCAAUAGGUGGAGACUAACAGUGAAAUGCUUCACGAGCAAUAGGUGGAGACUAACAGUGAAAUGCUUCACGACCAAUAGGUGGAGACUAACAGUGAAAUACUUCAUAAACAACAGGUGGAGACUAACAUUGACAUGCUUCAUAAACAACAGGUGGAGACUAACCAGUGAAAUGCUUCAUAAAACAACAGGUGGAGACUAACAUUGACAUGCUUCAUAAACAAUAGGUGGAGACUAACAGUGAAAUGCUUCAUGAACAACAGGUGGAGACUAACAGUGAAAUGCUUCAUGAACAACAGGUGGAGACUAACAGUGAAAUGCUUCAUGAACAACAGGUGGAGACUAACAGUGAAAUGCUUCAUGAACAACAGGUGGAGACUAACAGUGAAAUGCUUCAUGAACAACAGGUGGAGACUAACAGUGAAAUGCUUCAUGAACAACAGGUGGAGACCAACAGUGAAAUGCUUCAUGAACAACAGGUGGAGACUAACAGUGAAAUGCUUCAUGAACAACAUUGGCAUAUUAGUCAUUCAGCAGAUGCUCUUAUCCAUAGACACCUACAGUUAAUGAGGUCAUCUCCAGAUAGCUGGGUGGGACAACAGCUCAGUCGUAGUAACAACAUUUUCCCUCAAAGUAGUUAUCAGUCAAAAGUCAGUGAUAGUAGGAAAAUACAUUGAUAAUCACAGCCUGUGUUUCAGAUGUAGGUGGGACACCGCUGGGCUCAGUGGAGAGGUGUCUAGGAGACAGCCUGGUCCUGCUGGUCCAGCAGACUGUCAAACUGACCAUUAACUCUGUGUUUCAGAUGUAGGUGGGACACCGCUGGGCUCAGUGGAGAGGUGUCUAGGAGACAGCCUGGUCCUGCUGGUCCAGCAGACUGUCAAACUGACCUGUAACUCUGUGUUUCAGAUGUAGGUGGGACACCGCUGGGCUCAGUGGAGAGGUGUCUAGGAGACAGCCUGGUCCUGCUGGUCCAGCAGACUGUCAAACUGACCUGUAACUCUGUGUUUCAGAUGUAGGUGGGACACCGCUGGGCUCAGUGGAGAGGUGUCUAGGAGACAGCCUGGUCCUGCUGGUCCAGCAGACUGUCGGUAAAGAGACCAUCUGGCUGCUCCCUCAGGCCCAGUGGGAGGCAGGGGAGACUCUCCGACAGACA